UGCAGGAAGUCACUUAACUAUUUGCGAGCUGGAAAACCGAAACCGAAGUUCUCUUUUGUCAUGAGAACGAGCGCAACUGAGUUGGGACGGUGUGUCCCACAGCUCCGCAAGCUGGAUCGUGAGCCAGGAAGCCUGGACGGGCUAUGGGACAGAGAGGCACUCUGGAAGAUGAGCGGCGGCUCCUUUCCAGCCUCCCGGCUGUUACCCUUUUAAAUGUCAGCGUUCGAGACUGUAGGGGUAGCACGAGGCAUCGAAACGGAACAGUCGGAUUGGCCGCACGCCUCACUUCUAGACGCACCUCUCCACUGAAAGGCCGUUCUGACUGGCAGGGGGAGAAAGUAAACAGAGUUGAAUCACCCUCCCCACUGGCCAAUUGGAGGGGGUUUGGAUUGUGACGUGAUGGGAUUCUGCGAAAUUGUCACUGAGCGAGAGAAUGCCGGAACGGUGCGGACCGGCAAAAGCAGGGGCUCAGAAGCCGUCAGUGGACUGGGGGAAAAGUGUCUCUUAGACUUGGCGCUUCGGGCGGCCCCUGCCAGCCGCGUCUGGGUGGUCGGGUGAACGUCCUGGGGCUUUGGCUCGACGGAGAGGCGGCCGAGGGCGUGUACCUCUCCUGCAGUUUCCUCUCCCAGCGCCUCGGGGGCGUUUUCGGUCGAAUAAACUUGCGACCGCCACGUGUGGCAUCUUUCCAAGGGAGCCGGCUCUCACCGGCCGGCGCGCCCGUCGAGGGGAUCGCGCGCGGCGCCGGGCACUAGCGGCGGCGAGAGGCGGCAGCGCGGCGGAGCCUGGUGCCGUGGAUGCUGCGUGCGGAGGCGCUGCCGGUUACGUAAAGAUGAGGGGCUGAGGUCGCCUCGGCGCUCCUGCGAGUCGGAAGCGCCCCGCGCCCCCGCCCCCUUGGCCGCCGCGCCGCACCGCGCUACGCUCGUCGUCUGAGGCCAGGGCACGGUGAGCCGAAUCUCCGCAGCCACCGCCAAGUUUGGCCGCGCCGCCGGGGCUGCUGUCGCCGGCACCAUGUCCGCGGCCGCCUACAUGGACUUCGUGGCUGCCCAAUGUCUGGUUUCCAUUUCGAACCGCGCUGCGGUGCCGGAGCAUGGGGGCGCUCCGGACACCGAGCGGCUGCGACUACCUGAGCGCGAGGUGACCAAGGAGCACGGUGACCCGGGGGACACCUGGAAGGAUUACUGCACGCUGGUCACCAUCGCCAAGAGCUUGUUGGACCUGAACAAGUACCGACCUAUCCAGACCCCCUCGGUGUGCAGCGACAGCCUGGAGAGUCCGGAUGAGGAUAUGGGAUCCGACAGCGACGUGACCACCGAAUCUGGGUCGAGUCCUUCCCACAGCCCGGAGGAGAGACAGGAUCCUGGCAGCGCGCCCAGCCCGCUUUCCCUCCUCCACCCUGGAGUGGCUGCGAAGGGGAAACACGCCUCCGAAAAGAGACAUAAGUGCCCCUACAGUGGCUGUGGGAAAGUCUAUGGAAAAUCCUCCCAUCUCAAAGCCCAUUACAGAGUGCAUACAGGUGAACGGCCCUUUCCCUGCACAUGGCCGGACUGCCUUAAAAAGUUCUCCCGCUCAGACGAGCUGACCCGCCACUACCGGACCCACACGGGGGAGAAGCAGUUCCGCUGUCCGCUCUGCGAGAAGCGCUUCAUGCGGAGUGACCACCUCACCAAGCACGCCCGGCGGCACACCGAGUUCCACCCCAGCAUGAUCAAGCGGUCAAAAAAGGCGCUGGCCAACCCUUUGUGAGGUGCUGCCCACCGGCGCCAGGGAGGGACGGACCCGGGCGGACAGAACCACUCCCAGCAAACAGACACGUGGAAACCACGGCCCAGAAGAGGCACGCCGCCAGCACAGGAAGUCACUGCUCUUUGGUCACUAGUCUAAUUUUCCUCUCCUUGCGUUGUUUUUUAAAAAGCACAUUGUAGCCUAAGAUCAAAGUCAACACUUGGUCCCCUUGCAGAGGCAAUUCUGAACCGUCUCUGACUAUUGGAGGGAAGGCAACUGCUUUUUUUUUUUCCUCUCCUUAAUUUUUUUGGGGGG